GUGAAUGAGUUGCAGGGUCGUAUCAAGGAAUCAACCAGGAGGAUGAUGGCUGUGGUGUCUGAGCUGUCGAUGCGCCAGGCCAGCGCCAUGAUCCUGCAGCAGGUAAAUAGGAGAUUCCUUUAGAUUGACCAGCAUUUCCUAGUCUGGUGGACCCAUACUGUAUAUCCCUGUAGUCAACUGGGACCAGGCUAAGGUAAAGUCUAAGGAUUAUACUGUAGAUCCCUGUAGUCAACUGGGACCAGGCUAAAAUAAAGUCUAAGGAUUUUCCUGCUUUUACGACAUCGUCCUCUUUCCAUACAUCGAUCUACCCAAACGCCAACAUCCUCCUAAUAAUCCUCCUCUUCCUGACAUUCCAUGUUGUCCUGAUCCCACCCGUCAGGAGCUGAAGGAGAGGGAGCUCUUCCUGGACACCUGCCACCGCCGUCUGGACCAGGGUCUGCCCCCCUCUGAAGACCUGGAGCUGGAGUGGCAACACAUCCUCAGGGACGAGAAGCGCAGACAGGCCGACCAGCAGGAGAAGGACAGGGUCAGUCACCCUCCAUGGCCCUCUACCACAGGAGUUAGAAUUAUGGAUAAUUCAUGGAUGAAUUCAUAAUGUUGAACUCGAUACUGAACUUUUGUACUGCAUUUAACACUUUGACUUUCUGGCAAUCAGAUAGAAAAGUUUGAUGUAGAAUAGACGUGCUUCUCUGACGUGUAAUGAAUGAGGAAUCGUGUCAGCUCUAUUCAUGGUAUUUCUAUCUGCAACGUUCAGUACAUUGAACCCUGUUCUCUCCAGUACAUUUCUAGAUACUCUUUUAGAUGUAUAUCAUUUACUAUGUAGAGGACCUCUAUUCUCUCCUCUGUUACAGCUGGUGGAGGAGGAGGAGAGGACCCAGCUCCCCAGUGGGGUGUACACCAGAGCCGAGGCCCGGCCCAACGCCUACAUCCCCCUGGGGGACACCCUGCCCCUGCCCAAGCCCUACGGAGCCCUGGCCCCCUUCAAACCCUCCGAGCCUGGCAACAACAUCAGACACAUCCGCAAGCCUGAACCUAAACCCAUUGAGAUAUAG